AUGGCUGGAAUCAGCGAGAAACUGAAGGGAUUGAAGUUUAUGCAAAAAGCAGAGAGGAAAAAGAAUGAUGAUUGUGAGGUGUCGUUUUCGACGUAUUUCUGUAGAAAGGGGGUCUUCAGCUAUAACAACAAGCAGAAGAUCCACGAGCAAGAGGAUGAGAUUCAGAAGAAGGCCAAGAGCUGA